CUUUCAUUCAGAGCAUAUCUACCCUUCAUAUCUUACACCCCAGCUAUCUUACAUCCCCUCUCUUUCAAAAUGGCAGGGGGCGUAAAGAAACCUGUCAAUGUCUUUAAACUCAAGAACCUUGAUGACCCAGCGCAAGUUUUCAACUGGAGACUUUGGUUCGCUGUCUUUUCGUUCGGCCUCAUGGGCGCUGCCCGCGGCGUCGAUGAGGGUCUUAUUAGUGGUGCUUUCGGCUCGAAGAAUUUCCAGAAAACCAUCCACUACAGCACGUACAGCACUGUUGAACAAACAAACAUUAAAGCCAAUGUUUCCGCCAUGGUCCAGAUAGGCUCUGUCGGUGGGGCUCUCAUUGCCUUUCUUGUAUGUGACCGUAUCGGCCGUAUCUGGGCAACCCGUCAACUUUGCAUAAUUUGGAUUGUUGGCAUUGCCAUUUUUAUGGGUGCCAAUGGCAACCUGGGCGCCAUCUACGCCGGACGCUUCAUAGCUGGCUUAGGUGUUGGGCAAACAACAGUCGUUGGUCCCGUCUACCUGGCCGAGAUCGCUCCUGCUUCUAUUCGAGGACUUUGUACCUGCAUCUUUACCGGAUUUGUUUACCUUGGCAUUGUCCUUGCAUACUUCGCCAACUAUGGUUGCUCGGUGAAUCUUGGAGAGCGUACUAUUGCACGAUGGGAGGUACCUACCAGCUUGCACAUUAUGUUUGCGAGUCUCAUUCUCAUUCUAACCUUCUUCCAAUAUGAGUCUCCUCGUUAUCUCAUUAAGAAGGGCCGUGGUGAACAAGCAACGAAAAACAUGGCAAUUAUCCGGAACCUGCCACAAGACGAUUCAUAUGUCGUCCGCGAAAUCAAUGCCAUCCAAGUCCAGCUUCAAGAAGAGGAAGAAGCAACUAUGGGCCAAGGCUGGAUUGGAAUUGUCAAGGAGAUGUUCCUUAUCCCGAGCAACUUUUACAGAAUCUACCUUGGCCUUAUGAGUCAGGUUCUUUCUCAGUGGUCCGGAGCCGGUUCAAUCACGCUUUACGCCGUCAACUUGUUUGCCCUUCUUGGAAUUACCGGCACAAACGAGGCUCUUCUAGCAACAGCCAUCUUUGGUAUUGUAAAGCUAGUCGCCGCUGUCGUCUGUGCGCUCUUUCUCGUCGAUGUCAUCGGCCGUAAGCGCUCACUUCUAAUUGGCAUCACCCUUCAAGCCAUUUCCAUGAUCUACAUUGCCGCCUUUCUCACCGCCGUUCCCAAACUCGGGACCGUGAAGAAUUUUGUCCUGCCAAAAUCCCAAAAAGGUGCAAGCACUGGUGCGAUUGUCAUGAUCUACGUCUCGGGUGUUGGAUGGGCUCUAGGCUGGAACUCCAUGCAGUAUCUCCUUACUGCUGAGCUAUUCCCUCUCCGUAUUCGCGCGGUAUCUACCUCUAUCGUCAUGUGCUUCCACUUUGCGAACCAGUAUGGAAACUCGCGCGCUGUGCCCAACAUGCUGUUGCCGAAGGCUACUGGCGGCAUCAACCCCUCUGGCACGUUUUGGUUCUUCACUGUCGUCACGAUUGUUGGCGGGGUGUGGGUCUGGUUCACGAUCCCCGAGACAGCCGGUCGUGACCUCGAGAGCAUGGAUCGCCUCUUCUCACUUCCCUGGUACAAGAUCGGUAUCUACGGAAACCGGGUUGCCGAGGAACAAGACGCGAGGCUCACAGAGAAGGAGGCUGCCAUGGGACACGAGCAUGGUAUGGUCCACCAGGUUGAGGUUGUUGAAACGGUUGAGACUUCAAAGGCGUAGUUUAUAACAUACCAGAUAGUUGUAUACAUUGUUGUGUGGCAAAGUGGCUUCGGUGAGGAAUAUCGGUAAGGAGCGGCAGGACCAGCCCUGUGUAACUUCGCAACAGUAUUCUUCUCUCGCUCUUUUCAUUUUUGGGGGGGAUUCUUGGCGGGGACAGUGUGGGAUCAUCGAAUAUUAGUUAGGUUAGUUUGAUUGGCAAAACUCGUGCUUUGUUAAACGAAUUCGAAAGCUUAGAGUGAACCAACAUGAGGGUGCAACCAGCCCACGAUAUUUGGAAAAGAACCUGAAGGAAAAGAAUUUAUUUUUAG